GGACGAAAAAUGUCAAAUUCCAGUGUUUCGUCAAACCGGUUCGGUGGGUCAAGCAUCAGUAGUGGUAGCAGUGGUCCCCACCCCCACCCCCUACUCGGUCCAUUGGUCCUGGUGGUGGCCCCCCACCCCCUAAUCGCGACCGUGGUUUCUCUUCGUCCGGUUCGGGAAGCAAUUUGUUUCCGAAGAAAACCCAUCAUCGCCACGGUCACCAAGUCCAAACCCACCCAGCGGUGUUCCCACAGCAACAAUGCCAAGAAUGGCUCCACCCCCUCCGCCUACUCGUGGGGGGCCCCCUCAGAAUGGAGGAAUUUCCAGUCCCCCCAGAUUCAAUGUUGGGGGGUCAAACAGACCACCGCCCCCUGGAAGAACUCAAGCCCCGCCCCCUCCCCCAUCCUCGUCAAGACCACUCCCACCUCCGCCCGGGCGGGAGAGCUUGUCUAAUUCAACUGAACUACAUUCCCCACCUGGCAUGUCGUCACGCCCCCUCCCAGCUCCACCUGGACCCCCUGCUUUCCCGGGGGGCCGACCUAAUAAUGACAGGAGACCCACUGCGUCUCGUGCGGGCGGAGCUCCCCCUCCACCCCAACGUUCCCUUCCCCCUACCCCCUCUUUCACUGACCGCCACCCUUCACACCUCAACAGAAGAAGCCCACCGCAUAAUGUUCCCACGGCGACGAUGCCUCGUAUUCCACCUCCCCCUCCGCCCACCAGAGGAGGCGGAGGCUCGGGUGGAGUACCGCCUCCCCCGCCCCAUCGGGACCUCCCGGGCGGAGUCGGUGGCCGAUCAGCUGCCCCGCCUCCUCCCAUUCCUGAUCGAUCCCCGCGACAUUCUGACGAUGAUUUAGAGAACAGGUUUUCGUUCCAAACGCGUCUCCCUCCACCAGAGAUGUGGAAGGCUGGACCCAAGACCUAUCCCAGCAUGAGUGCUCAGGGCAAAGGAGGAGCAAGAAAUCGAAGGUCUGGGACAGCUCAAGGUGGUGGGGGAGGAUACAUAGACAAUCGAGGCAGACAAGCUCCGCCCCCUCCUCCACCCACAAGAGACGCCCCUCCAUUACCACCUCGUUGAAGUGGGCGUGGCUAGCCUUAUUAAUGUGCUACCAGUAAUCACAUAUCUUCUCUAGUUAUUUGCCCAAUUUGGCAUUGUGUGAAUUCCUUAGUUGUAAGUCACCUGAUGGUCAUGUGACUUGUGCACCGAACCUGCAUGUUGUUCUAUAAUUAGCAGCACUCAUUAAUAGUGUAUAGCAUUAUUUAUCAUCUCUUGUAUGUCAUGUUGUGUGAAAGUGAUUCUGUUCCGGGUACAACUUUCGUUGUGUGUUGAUUUACUUAUUAUUAUUAUUCAGGUGCACAAUUGUUUUUAAACUGUAUUAACGAGUUUUUUUUGUUUGUGCGAUUAUGCUUAGACCUUGUAUUAUUAUUAUUAUCGUCAUGGUAAAUGCUCAUGCCAUAAUUGCAUGCAAGUUGAAAACAAUUUGUGCAACUAACAGCUAGCUCCCGACAAUAAUGUAAUCAAGUAGCCAAUAAAAUAAUAAUAUUAAUCGUAGACAACACAUUUUGUGACUAAAAUAAGAAAAAGAAAAAUGGAUGGGCCGCAUGCAAAAUCCCAAAAAAUUAAGUGUCUGAUAAUGUAUUAGAGGUCCGACGAUUCGCGCUUCUUUUUGGAUUUCUUCCUCCAUUUCUUGGACAUUGACUUCAUCACGGAAACCUUCUUUGUGUGAGGUUUUGACUCCACCUUAACCACGCCCCCUCCCCUUGCUGCCGUCGGCUCCGGUGUGUCUGUCUUGAAAGACGCAGCCGUUUGGUUCAUCUCCUGGCCCAGCUGGUCAAAGGAGUCACUGAGGGGAGGCAUGACGAGGGUUGCUAGGGACGACACGACAGUGAUACCAUGUUCCACACUGGAGUAGUUGAGCAUGUCUUGAACCUGUUGAACCACAUCCU